AAAAUGUCAUAAAAACGGAUUUGGUACGUCAUUAUCUUUUGGAAAAAAGACCUGCUACAGAUGUAUACCAUUGCUGGUGGGUUUUACUGAACCAAUUUUGACCUGGGUCAUAUAUCUUUCACUGAUUAGCUAACAUGCCUUCAUAUGACAAGAACGCAAAGUCAUUAUACAAGGUUGAUACAGACAGAUUUAUUGUGUUUUGUGGGUAUAUUGAGCCAUCAGUGAGUAAGUGAGUGUUAUUUUAUGCCGCUUUUGUCAAUAUUCCAGCAACAUCACAGAGGGGUCAUAAGAAAUGGGCUUCACACAUUGUAACCAUAUUGUAAGCAUAUGCCCAGAGAGAGGUCGAUCCCUGGCAUGUUACCAGCAAGCGGUAAAAGAGAGUUCUUGAUGCCUGUGGGAAGACAUGAGUUGGAUAAAACAAGACCCGGUCCGCCCAAAGUCAGCAUCAUGUGGUUAGGAAGGGUAUUCAUGUUUAACUGUAUGGUCAUAUCAUGGUUAGCUGGCACGAUGAACCCGGCAUUUGUUCAGUCAACGCACAAUCAGGUAUGCGUAAAAGAUACACUAUCGUUUCUUGUGACCUAAAUUAUGUUAUCUGCUGCUAGAUUAUUUCCAGAAAACACUUGAAUGGCGCAGUUGCUGUUUACUCCUUGUGGUGGGAAUCAUGCAUAUGAUGAGGACAAACAGGAUCUACUCUGUCGUUUACCGUCGUCAACACAGUAUAAAUAUGACUUGUGCAAGGAGCCCUUCAUACCACACUCCAACACCUACUCAGCUAAACACAUAACAAGAACAGAAGCAUCACCAUGCUGACUCCGAUGUACCUCCUGCUGAUGCUCACGGCCUGUUGCAUUACACAGAGUACUGUCGAGGAGAUAAAGGAAAACAUGAAAUCCUAUGCCAAGGGCUAUGUCAUUCAAUACUAUGUGCCUUAUGUUAACACACAACCCGAUGAAGCUAAACUGAAGCUGUUGAAACACCUCGAGGACAGUCUACAACUUAUUACUAGUACGGAUGACAAGGAGGGGGCUGAGGGGAUGGACACGCUGCCAAAAAGUCUAAGUAAAGUUUCACGAGACAUUGAAGAUCAACUUGGAGACAAAAUAAGAGGUUUCUCGGCUAAGGUUGACAGUAACGACGGCCUACUUGUCUCCAAUCCUCAGAAUCUCAUGAAGGCAGUUUCCAGAGAUGUAGAGGACAGUCUGGAACAUAAGAUCAGAAGUUUGUCAGCUAAGGUUGACAGUAACGACAGCCUGCUUGUCUCCAAUCCUCAGAAUCUCAUGAAGGCAGUUUCCAGAGAUGUAGAGGACAGUCUGUAACAUAAGAUCAGAAGUUUGUCAGCUAAGGUUGACAGUAACGACGGCCUACUUGUCUCCAAUCCUCAGAAUCUCAUGAAGGCAGUUUCCAGAGAUGUUGAGGACAGUCUGGAACAUAAGAUCAGAAGUUUGUCGGCUAAGGUUGACAGUAACGACGGCCUGCUUGUCUCCAAUCCUCAGAAUCUCAUGUAGGCAGUUUCCAGAGAUGCAGAGGACAGCCUGGAACAUAAGAUCAGAAGUUUGUCAGCUAAGGUUGACAGUAACGACGGCCUGCUUGUCUCCAAUCCUCAGAAUCUCAUGAAGGCAGUUUCCAGAGAUGUAGAAGACAGUCUGGAACAUAAGAUCAGAAGUUUGUCGGCUAAGGUUGACAGUAACGACGGCCUGCUUGUCUCCAAUCCUCAGAAUCUCAUGAAGGCAGUUUCCAGAGAUGCAGAGGACAGUCUGGAACAUACGAUCAGAAGUUUGUCAGCUAAGGUUGACAGUAACGACGGCCUACUUGUCUCCAAUCCUCAGAAUCUCAUGAAGGCAGUUUCCAGAGAUGCAGAGGACAGUCUGGAACAUAAGAUCAGAAGUUUGUCGGCUAAGGUUGACAGGAACAACGGCCUGCUUGUCUCCAAUCCUCAGAAUCUCAUGAAGGCAGUUUCCAGAGAUGUAGAGGACAGCCUGGAACAUAAGAUCAGAAGUUUGUCAGCUAAGGUUGAAAGUAACGACGGCCUGCUUGUCUCCAACCCUCAGAAUCUAAUGAGGGUAGUUUCCAGGGAUGUAGAAGACAGUCUCACAGACGCCAACACAUGCAUUGAUCCAGUUAACCAAGAAAUAAUUGAUGACGCCAAACUCUAUAAGUUGUUGAAAAAUGAAUUGGUAGCAUGGUUUCAGUAUCAUGUUGAACACGACAAUAUGCUACGUCAUAACCUUGACCUCGCUAAUCUGAUUGAUUGGCUGACACUGGUGCACGACUCUCGGAGAAACAUCAGCAAAGCAGCCGAUUACUUUUACCAAGACUGGAACACAUCCCUGCCCAUCUUGAGUGAUACUUUCUUGUCCCUUGAUCCGUUGAAACCAUUGUCAACAUAUGUAUCCCUUUCCCUGAUGGGUUUGACUGAUAGUUUCAUGAACCUGUACUGGCCUUUCCGUCGAGAUGUUAACCUAAUGAACCAGAGAUUAGCAGUCAAAGGUUUCAGGGGCACAGAGGUGUCUGAGAGCGAAGCCAAGAAAGCGUUCUUUCAGGACAUCCAACAAAUUCAACCCAUUCAUCUCCCUGUGAAGGAGGAUGAGAUUGUACUCGUCUUUAAUGAUGAGGACAUUGCAGAUUGGUUGAACGUCACAGGAGUGAUGUCCCUUUCACCGUCCUACAUGACUUCAAAGAAAUACAUAUUCACAGGGGAAGAACAAAGGAAGAUAUCGACCACUGUACAUGCAGCAUUCAGAAUGAUCAAUAACACUCACCCAGAACUCUAUGACUCAAUGACUCAGAUGAUAUCUUGCAUUGCUUUUUAUAAACAGGAACACAAAAUUAACUUAGCUGGAGGAGUUCGUUCAGCCCUUGGCAUGUUCUGGAUGGACCCAAGUGUUGGAAGGGAAUGGGGCGUUCCCUUCAUGGCUGAGCAGAUAGUCCACGAGUUCACCCACAACGCCCUCAACUAUGCAGAAUUUGUCCAUGGAACGUACAACGAUAAAUCCGCCCUGGGAAAAGUGGAGGUGAAGUCGGCCAUUCGUCUGGUUCCUCGUCCCUACGAUAAAUCUCUGCAUGCAGCUUACGUAUCAGCGGUACUGGUAACCUUCCAUUCCAGGACUGGCUAUGUGGAAAGAGCAGCACAACUAGCUGGAACUCUUCCCCAAGCCGUCCGAGAUCUGGCAACUGUGGAUGCGGAGAAGCAUGUGCUUGAUGGGUCGGGCAGGGCAAUAGUCAAGUUCCUCACUGACUACAUGUACCUCACAAGACUCUGAAUGUUUCAUACUGACUGUAUAAGUACUGUCCCAAUAAACAAUCAAUGGGUUUA